UCCGAUUCCUAAUUGGUGUUGUAUUCAAACGGUUGUUCUGUAACACUGACCCAGAACCAGUUUUAUCGCUAAACACACUAUUCAUUCAACGUUAGAAGAGUUUGAAAGCUGUUUCAGGGUCAGCAGCAGGAGCGCACGCGCAUUCGAAUGACGCGCAUCGUGUGCGCCUGACGGUAGUGAGCGCGCGGUGGAAUGUUUCUAAAGUUCUAAAGUUUCUGUCUCUCGUAAACAGUCCGCCGCGAAAGUAUGUUCAGUCCCCGCGGCACGCCGAGCUCAGGCCGCAGACAGGCGCCCAGGACCGGCGCUCGGAAGAGCGGGCUGCUGUUCUCUCCACGCCGCUCCGCUGUCACAGCCAGGUACAACAGAGUAAACUCAUCUGCAGUCGUCGAUUCGUAUCAUUUUGACGUUCAGAUUUUCGGAUCAUCUCUGCCCGUCAGAGUCAUGGAGGCGCUGACCAUGGCCGACGUGGAUGAUCAGAUCUCUGUGAAGGUGGAGGCGUCCGGCUGGGCCUGGAUGGUUUGUGGAGAACGGCUGAUCAUCUGGAAAGUGUCUCAGACGUCUGUGGCAAAGCUGUCGGUGUGUAAAGACCUCCAGCUGCCCUCCAGUGAGUUUGUGUACAGCGCCGAUCUCAUCUCCAUCACUUCCUCCAGUCCACUGGAUUCUGCCCCCACUCAGGCUAUCAGUGCACUGGCUGUGUCUCCAGACGGUUCGGCUCGGUUUUGGCCCAGUCUGGCUCACGACGGGACUUACACUGAGACGUCUCUGGAUCUGGGCGGACAUGUGUGCAACUACGUCGCAGCAGUAAAGGGCGGGAGCUUCAUCGUGUCAUCGUACCGCGGUCACCUGCUCCGGCUCGCUCCGGACUCCUCUGGUAAACUGCACCAGAGACCGGUUCAGCAGGGUCAGGGGAUGCUGUCCGGCAUCGGACGCAGGGUUUCCAGCCUGUUCGGCAUCCGCGGCCAGCCGGCCGACCUCACAGUGUUCAGUGUGCUCUGGGUGAAGGAGACCGGCUGUCUGUACUCUCUCGGCUCGUGUGGCCUCAGUAAAUGGGAGGUGGAUGAGAACGGUGAGACGCAGGUGUUGAGCUGGAGCACCAAUCAGAUCAUCACAGACAGCAUCACCGACGCCAUCUGGGACUCAGAAAGUAACUACUCCGAGAUCAAGAAAGGAGUGAAAGUCUCUUAUCUGGACAUGCAGUACAGCAAAGCGGGGCUGGUGGUGUUGGCAGCGGCGUGGCAUCCGGGCGACACUCCAUGUGUGGCGUAUUUCUGCCUGGUCACUCUUGCAGAAAGCACUGCGCCGUCCCCAGACCUGCUCACUGUGGAGGUCACCAAAUACAACCCGCCCUUCCAGAGUGAGGAGGAGCUGCAGAAGACACGUUUGGUGUUGCCUGAUCCGUCGAGUCCAGCGGCGUACCUCUAUAAUGAGGAGCUGGUGUUCACCUGCAGCACUGGAGCUGGACGCGGAGGACUCGCCGAGGAGAAGAUCUCCUUCAGCUCUCCAGGGGACCGUAUCCGAGGCGGUGGGGUGUGUGCCGGUCUGCCGGUGUUUUUCUCUCAGAACAGCGGGCUGGUUGCUGUUUUAGCGAGAGAAAGUGCUUCCCUGCUGCCUGAGACCAUGGAGGACUCGCUCUGCACCUCAGUGGCUGGACCUGAGGGUACCCCGUUCGAGACACCACCUAAAACACACAUGGUGGCUCAGGAGGACAGAACGAAGCUGCUGAAGCAAGCGUUCCUGCAGUUCUGCCGUCAUGAUCCGGUAGGAGCUCAGAGCAUGGUGGAUGAGCUCUUCCCCAGCGACGGAGAGGGAGCUGCAGAGCUGGAUGCCGUCGUGACCCAGAUUGACCUGGAUCUGGUGGACGACUUCCCUGCAUGUGACCCACGCUGGGCCGAGUCUGUUCCUGACGAGGGCGCUGGAUUUACACUGACGUCACUGAUCCUGCUGCAUCAGUUGGAGGAUAAGAUGAAAGCUCACCGCUGCCUCAUGGACUUCCUGCUUCAGACGGGUCUUCUAGACCGCCUCACUUCCACAGCGGUGCACAUGUCCCCCAUGGCCACGCGACUCUUGCUAUGCGAGCAUGCGGAGAAGCUCUCGGCCGCCAUCGUGCUGAAGAACCAUCAUGCCAAGCAUCCAGAGCUGGUGAACACGGCCAUCCUGUCAGCCCUGAAGAAGAGCAACACCGACAUACCGUCCAACCUCACGCCCGCGGACGUGUUCUUCAGAGAGGUGUCUCAGAUCUCCUCCAUCUUUGAGUGUCUGUUGGAUGAGGAGGAAAAAGCUUUAAAAGAGCAUUCGGAUGCCGCCAGGUGGGCCGAGGUGGUGCUCAAUGUCAAUGACAUUGUCAAGGAUAUGCUCCAAGCAGCAGCACAGUACCGAGAGACCAAAGCAUCUCUGUACAGAGCGCCAGAGAACUGCAGCCCGGAGCCAGAGUACAUCCCAUGGACAGCUUUUAGUUUUAUGUAGGGUCAUAGUUACUUCCUCUUAAUCGUUGCAUCCCUACUGUAAACACGAGCCGUCAUCAUGCGGCAGCACGAGCUGAUCCUGCACGCGGCGUAUCCUCACGCAGACGUGGAGGUGCGCGCCGUGCUGAGCGAGCAGCUGGUGGCGCUGUUGGACUCUCUGUUGAGCGGUUACGUGGCUCAGCUGACGUCUCUCCGCCGUGCCGGACAUCAGGAGCGCUACGUCACGCUGGAGAACGAGUACACGCAGAAACGCUCGGAGCUGCUCGCACCUCUCUUGGAGUUGGGUCAGCAUCAGUGGGUUGCGGCGCUGGCGGAGAAAUACUGUGACUUUGACAUAUUGGUGCAGUUGUGUGAGAGGACGGAUAACCAGAGUCGACUACAGCAGUACAUGGUCAAAUUCGCUGAUCAGAACUUCGCUGACUUCCUGUUCCGCUGGUACAUGGAGAAAGGCAAGAGAGGGAAGCUGCUGUCUCAGCCAAUAGCAACACACCAGCAGCUGGCCAGCUUCCUGCAGGCUCAUGAUCACCUCAGCUGGCUGCAUGACAUACAUGUGCAGGACUAUCAGCGAGCCCAUCGUACCCUGUACAGUCAGGCCAACACAGAGACUCGGUACUUCAGCAAGAAGAAGACCCUGCUGGCCCUCAGCAAACUCACGGCUCUGGUGUCAGACAUGCCUGAAGCUGUGCACCGCAGACAGCUCAACGAUAUAGUGGAGCAGGAGAGGUUUCUGCUUCAUCAGGAGACUCUUCCUAAACAGCUGCUGGACGAGAAGCAGCUGGACCCAGACAGCAUGCCUUUACUGAGCCCUCGGAACCUCAUCGAACUGUACAUCUGCAAUGAGAACCGUGGAGCCAACGAGUACGACUUCAAGAAAGCUCUCGAUCUGCUGGAGUACUUGGAGGAGGAGGACGCGGUUGAUACUGAUGCCCUAAAACGGGAGAUCUUCAGUAAAGCCUUGAAGAAAGACUGGAAGGAGAGUUGGGCGUCGUCUGAUGAUAAUGACGAUCCUCUAGAAGCAGCCAGAGACAGCACUUUCGUCAGGAUCCUACAGAAACUCAUUCAGGAAGGUGUUUCUCUGCAGUCGUACCUGCCUGACGUGAAGGAUCUUCUGCAGGAAGACGAGCUGGAGAGUCUCAAAUCGAAACCGUACUUUGAGUUCCUCCUGCGAGCCAACUAUGAGCACUACCUGGAAGCUCAUAUAUGACAUUACUUCCUGUUUCUACUUACUGUUUCCUUGUUAAUAUUCCAACUUUUUUUCGUACUGUUUCAUAAAAAUAAUAAUAAUUACAUGUUUUCUAAAUAAACUGUAUUUCUGUCAUUGA